AUGUGUACCGCGUCACCAACCGUCCCUAUUAAUAGUGGCCUUUAUGACGAGAAACGGAAGACGUUUGGAGAUCGUUGGGCAGUUGAUCCAUUUGAAUGCAAUGAAAGGCACUCUGAGAGUACAAUUCCGAUCAAACCAGCAGUUCAAGGAGCAUCAGAGGCGCACCAUGGUGAUAUGCUCCAGCCCUUGAAGACUGUAAAAGUUUUGACAUGCGAAACAGAUCUUCAAAGGGGAAUCAGUGCUCAAUCAUAUGUCGAAACUUCUUAUUACCAGGGAUAUGAGAAGGAAAUGAAAGGAAAGUCAACAUUCUACGACGCUCUGGAAGACGAAGGCUACAACUUGGUUCUCUUUGGAAAGACAGGCAGCGGGAAAAGUUCUUUGGGUAACACUCUUCUGGGUAAGAAGGUGUUUGAACAACAACAAGGAAUGAAGUCUGGAACUCAAACAACCGAUUGGAAUCAAGCUAUAGUUGACGGAUUGAAACUCAAGAUUACGGAUUUACCAGGACUGAGUGACACACAUCGCCAAGAGGAAGACAUCAUAAAGGAAAUUGCAAAGGGCACGGCGCUGAUUUCUCCUGGACCCCAUGUGGCUAUUUUUGUCAUUGCGGGUAGUCGUCGUUUCACAAAGGAAGAGAUGGAUGCUUACGAAACAAUAAAGAAAAUCUUCACACAAAAUAUUUGCAGCUUUAUGAUCAUUGCUUUCACUCGUCUGGACGAACUAAGCCCACCUGCAAAAGCUCUAGACGAUGAACGCUACAACUUGGUUCUCUUUGGAAAGACGGGCAGCGGGAAAAUUUCUUUGGGUAACACGCUGCUGGGUAAGGAUGAGUUUAAAGUAGAACAAGGAAUGAAGUCUGGAACUCAAUCAUCCGAUUGGGGUCAAGCUACAAUUAACGGAGUUAAACUCGAGAUUACGGAUUUACCAGGACUGAGUGACACACAUCGCCGAGAGGAAGAAAUCAUAUGGGAAAUUGCAAAGGGCACGGCGCUGGUUUCUCCUGGACCCCAUGUGGCUAUUUUUGUCAUUGCGGGUAGUCGUCGUUUCACAAAGGAGGAGAUGGAUGCUUACGAAACAAUAAAGACCAUCUUCACAGAAAAUAUUUGCAACUUUAUGAUCAUUGCUUUCACUCAAGUGGACGCCUUAAGCCCACCUGCAAAAGGAGGUAGAAAAGAAGCACUAUCCCAUGCAAUCAUAAAUGCUCCUGAUAGUAUCCAACUAAUUCUUAAAGAAGUGGGCUAUCGGUACAUUGCAAUCGAAAAUUCUGCAUCCGAGAAGGAUAAGAAACAACAAAGAGACGAGGCCCUGCAAGCUAUUAGGGUAAUGUUUACUAAGACUGUUCUAAAAGGCUUUGAGAUACCACGGCUCAUUGAGAAAGCAGAAGAAGAUAAGGUGAAGGCACAGAGAUGCACCAUGAACGAAGCAGCACAAAAUCUGAGGAAGGAAAUAGCAGCCGAUAAACAACCAGAGCUUGUAACAGAGGUUGAGAAGGAAGCCAAGAGACGAAGAUGGAAGUGUGAGAUAAUGUGA